AUAAUAAUAUGGUGUCUGCUGAGGGAGACUUUCCUGGUAAAUUUUUCUUCCAUUAAUUAUGUAAUGUUAAUUCAUUAUCAUGUGUUUAUUCAUGCAUGUUUCCCUGUUAUCAACAGGACUACUGGUUUUGCCGGUGCUGACAUUGGGAGCAAUUGCUAUUGGGUUAAAUUAUUAUGUGGUUUUGAAGAAAAGACAAGCUUUAAUGGAACAAUUAAAAGAGAAAGAUUCCAUUGAUCAGGUUUAUGAUGCAAAGGAGGAUUACUUCAGUCAGCUCCCAGAUGAUCUUUUGCCUUCCAUGCUGGCAUAUCUGCCGAUACAUGAUGCUGCUAGGACGAGCAUUUUAUCUAGAAGGUGGAAACAUCUCUUUGCUUCUAUGCCUAUGUUAAAACUCAAAUGCCUUGACAUGUCCGGGAUUGACUCUGAUGAUCACAGUUGUUGCCCUCACUAUCAACAAAAAUUCUUGAAAGGAGUAAAUCAAUUAUUACAACUUUAUUCAGGUCGUAGAGUGGCUCAUAUUGAGAUGGCCUUUUGCUAUGGGAGAAAGUUUUCUACUGUGUUUGACCAAUUGAUGUGUUCCAUUUCAAGAGUAGGUGUUGAAAGAUUAUCUCUUAACUUUCGUCCUCAAAACAAAACUUCGCCGAUGUGUGGAUUUUCUUUUGAGCUUCUCUCUCAAGCAUCCUCAUUGAAACACUUGUUUUUGUCCUGUUGCGUUGUGCAACCAAGUUCCAAAGUCAACUUCCUCCGAACCCUUAGCUUGGAGUAUGUUUUCUUAAGAAGCGGACAACUCGAGGGUAUUUUAUCCUCUUGUUUGAACCUUGAGCACUUAAGAAUUAAAUUUUGUACACUUCCUUUUAAGAUAUGUGUCUCUGGUACAAUAACAUCUUUUAUCUUUUUCACUUGUAAUGGAGUAGAAGAUAUUGAUCUUCGGGCUCGAAAUCUCCGUACGUUUGAGUGUUCCUCUUAUAGAAAAGUCAGAUUUUAUUUCUCCUUUGUUCCCGAAUUGGAAUAUGUAAUGAUUGAUCUUCGACAAUCCGAGUCAAUGCCAUACAUAUUUGGUGAUUUUGCAAGAGAUUUACCUGCUCAGAUUAAAUCUUUAAGAGUCAUAAUCGGUCCUUCUGAGGUAAAUUUCUUUCCAAGAGAGAUGGAGAUUUUCAAAAACCUUAUAAAUUUCUUUCCAAGAGAGAGAGAGAUUUUCAAAAACCUUAGGCAGUUACAUUUGUUAACAAUGAUAAGAUGGAGUGCAGGAAGAGGAGGGCCUCUUCUUAUAUCGCCUACAUGUCACACUGAGCUAAAAGAAGUGGCUUUUUGUGGAUUUCAUGGGAUAAGUGAAGAGAUUGAAUUUGCUUUAUACAUUAUGAGAAGUGCCAUGGUACUUGAGCGAAUGUUUCUCAGCCAACGCUUUAGAUGUUAUUCUGGGUUUGGCCACUGGGAGAACAUGUUUUUUACGUUUGAUGAAAGAAGACAGAACUCGAUCCAAAGACAAUUAUGUGGAGAAGCUAUCUCUAGGAAAGCUGUGGUGAUUUUCCAAUAA